CGGGACCAGCAAACUGUCGACUCCAGGAUCUGGCCAUUUCCUCGAUUGAGGCGACGGUCCAUUAUGCGCAAGGCACAACGAGCUCUGGUCCAGCUGGCCGUCUUUGCGGUCAUCCUUUGCUUUCUUCUCUUCCUCAACCGUCCCUCGUACGGCCAGAAGAUCUUCUCCUGGCGCCACAUCCGCUAUCGUACUCCCGCCGCCUCACUACCGGAAUCGCGCGGCGUCUGCCCGGGAUUAUCCAAGACCACGAAACCGGCCUUGGUGGUAUCGCGUAUGUCUACCGAUGGCGACCCCUCCUGGCUCGACAAUCUGGCCUCCCGAUACCACCUCUGCGUAUACACCGUCGAUGCACCCGCCAACCCACGCUCCGACCAGCUCCAAGUCCCUGCGAACCGCGGCCAUGAAGCCAUGACUUACCUGACCUUCCUCAUUGACAACUACGACCACCUUCCAGCCGCUGGCAUGGUCUUUAUCCACGGUUCCCGCUGGGCGUGGCACAACGACGACCCCAACUACGACAACGCCGCCCUCCUUGCCGCCCUUAACGUCCCCGCCGCCCUAGAACCCUCCGGGUACCACAAUCUGCGGUGUGACUGGAGCGUCAGCACCUGUCCCUCGUCGGUUGCGCCCCAGGGUAGCCUGCAGAACUCGUUCCAGGCGGUCAUCGAGCCGUGGAGCGCGCGCACUGCCUCUGACAAGGCCCUUCCCGUCACCCUGGCCACGCUAUUCGGUGGGGGGGACUCCCUGCCCGUCCAGCUGGACCGUACGAAUACCCUCCGAUCGCAGUGCUGCGCGCAGUUUGUGGUCUCCCGGGAGAGUGUGUGGCAGCAUUCACAGGAUGAGUAUGUCGGUCUGCGGCAGUGGCUGCUGGACGGGGGGGGCGACCGUCCAUUCGUCAGGGGUGCGGCGCCGCGCGACGACCGGGUCGCUGGCCGCAUCCUAUCCUACCUAUGGCACGUUCUGUUUAUCGCUCAUGAAGGCUCCGAGUCGGCGGGUAUCGACUUGGAGCGCCUCAACCAGCAGGCGUGUCCGCGGGCCGACGAGUGCUAUUGUCGGUUGUAUGGACGGUGUGGGUUGCAGAACUGCAACAGUCCUGGCAGUUGUCGUGGGCAGUACAGCCUGCCGAAGAAUUUGAAACUCCCGGACGACUGGGGGAUGACGCAUUGA